AAAAAAAAGAGAUCGGCAAAAGCACCGGCCAAGAAAAACACACAAAAUCCGAUGACCGGAAAAUCUCAUCACACAAUCCUAUUACUGCGAGUAUAGCCCACAGGUGACAGUGUACACGGUCCACACCAACGGUAUCAUCAGCAUUCUCGUACAACUACGUCUGAGAGGAGAAAUUCUUUGAAACACGGUUGGACGGCCGAGAUGGUGCUCGGCAUCACGUGGUCUGUGCCCACCAGGCACUGAAAAAUUUCUCCUCAUUACAGUUAAAGAGUCCUAGGGUUUUCUUGCUUCCCCAGUUGAUCAUCCAAUAGCAGAUUACCAGAGUUAUGGGUGGAUCUGAGUUCAUGUGGAUUGGGAUGGCGAUUCUUCUUCUGCAGUUGAUUCCAGGAAUUCUGGGUUGGGGAAAGGAUGGUCACUAUACUGUAUGCAAGAUUGCCCAGGGAUAUCUUUCUGAAGAUGCUUCACUCGCGGUGAAUGAAUUACUUCCUCGUUCUGCUCAAGGCGAUCUUGCUUCUGUUUGCUCGUGGGCUGAUGAGAUUCGGUUCCAUUACCACUGGAGUGGACCUUUACACUAUAUUGAUACCCCUGAUUUCAGGUGUAACUAUAAUUACAGCCGGGACUGCCAUAAUUCAGCUGGACAAAAAAACAUGUGUGUCUCUGGAGCAAUUAACAACUAUACUAUGCAACUUAUGUCAGGUUAUAAGGACUCCAAUACGGAAAGUAAAUACAACUUGACAGAGGCUCUUAUGUUCUUAUCACAUUUCAUUGGGGAUAUCCAUCAGCCUCUUCAUGUUGGUUUCACCGGAGAUGAAGGUGGGAACACCAUCACUGUCCGUUGGUAUCGGAGGAAGACCAAUUUACACCAUGUAUGGGACAAUAUGAUCAUUGAAUCUGCUGUGAAGAUGUUUUAUGGUUCAGAUCUUUCAAUGAUGAUACAAGCUAUUCAAAGGAACAUCACGGAUGGUUGGUCCGAUGACAUCUUACCUUGGGAGAGUUGCUCACUUGAUCAGACAGCAUGUCCAGACUCAUAUGCAUUUGAAAGCAUUAAUUUGGCCUGCAAGUUUGCCUACAGAAAUGCCACACCAGGAAGCACUCUAGAAGAUGAUUACUUCCUCUCUCGGCUGCCUGUUGUGGAGAAGAGACUAGCUCAAGGUGGGGUCCGCUUGGCUGCAACCCUUAACCGUAUCUUUGCGUCACAGCCAUCGAUUUCACAAGAAUGAAAUAUAGCGAUAGAUGAGGAAUUUCAGCGUCAAAGAGAAUGAAGAUAAGAGGGAUGAUAGAGAAUGAAAUUUUGGUUAUGUCACACCAACUGGGCCCACUCUGCAAUUUUGAAGUUCCCCACAAGUCAACAUCUCUCAUCUAGUCAUCUACCUAACUUCCUUCUUGAUCCCCUGGAAAGUCAUCAUUUUCUGAAAGCCAAGCAAUGUACAUCAUUACCGCCUGCAUGACUCAACUUUGUUUCUUUAAUUUAAUAUCUGGGAUUCGUAUGUAAUUCUGGAAUAUGCCCACCUUGCUUCUGUUUACAAGCAACUUUGGGGAUAGUUUUGUACUUCACUCCAUGCAAAUACUUUAUUAAUGUCAUAUAUAUAUGAAGUCCAUAAUGAUUUGUCAUUGCA